AUGUCAUUUCGUGCUUCCAUAAACAGCACGAAUGAACAGACCAUAUGGGGUAAAUGCUUGGCAACUCUUUCUCAAAUAAACCCUGAUGUCUUCAUAACAAUCACCGAAAAUGGUGUAUUGAUAUCAUCCAUGAAUGCAACAGACACGACCAUGGCCAAGGUACGAUUUCCUAAGUCGUUCUUUACAGAGUAUCACUUCGAGCCGAAGAAGAUUGUAUUUGGUGAAUCUGGAGUGCAGCAGAUCACCGAUUGUAAUGACAUUCUUCACACAAUUUAUAGUUUCAAAGCGAAUGCAAAGUAUCUUUCCCUAUUAUCACUUAAACAAGAGGAUACAAUUAAAGAAUACAUGUUAACUAUCGACAAUUGUGAUAAUUGUUCUGAAACUAUAGCUAACAAACUCAUAAUCAAAAUGAAGACAGCAUCUUUGCUAACUAAAGAAUAUCAAGUUAAUUUUGAUCCAUUGGAAAGUGUUCAGAUCAUAUUAAGUCUGAAAUAUAAACAAAAAUUCCUUUCAGUAUACAACAACAAAAGUAAGGGCAGAUCAUUAGAUCCUCGGUUAGUGGAUUAUUUCAAAUCUUUACAAACAGAAUUAGAACAUGAUAUGUUUAAUAGAGGUAUCGCCAAUGAACACAAUAUUGUGAGCACAGUGAAAAAUACACCGUUGACGGUUAACGACGAAAUCAACUUCUUAAGUUUUGAUCAAUCAAUACUAAGAAACUUCAUUGACUCUAUUAUGUCUAAUGUGAUCGAGGAAAUAAAAUUGGAAUUGACGAGACAUACUCUAGCCAUAAUAGGAUUUACAAAAGCCGUGUACAACAUGAAAAGUCAAGGGUACCUCAAACAAGCAGUUACAGUAACGAAUACAUGUAGCGCAAAUGAUCUAGAACAUUACUGCAUAUUUUCAACAGAAAAAAACGACGGUUCGAGACCUUCAAGCAGAUCACAAAGUAUUAAGAAGAGCAUUACGUUCAAAUUACGAGAUUUCAAAGUAUUCUUAAAUGGACUUAAUUGUUGGAAAACAAAUGACAUGAUAAGAAUCUGGUUUUGCCAACCUGGUGACCCCAUUCUCUUUGAAAUAACAAAAGAUGGGGUUGUAUUGGAAUUAGUGCAGGUAACUGAUACCGAGGGUAGGGUCGAAGAACCAGAGGAUUCUGUCACCCAAUUUAACCUGUCACCAGAAAAGAUAGUUUCACCAAUCAAGAAGGAUACCGUAGUGAAACCAGAUAAGCUUCAAAGGCCGGAAAGUAAGCAGAUGCUGUAUCCACAUACAAAACGCUCACUAUUUAUAACGGAUGAGGAUGGAGCAGAUGAUGAUGACGAAGACGAAGAAGGAAGGCAAUUCAGGUUUAAAAGGUGGGGGAAACAAAAUAGUAACACUACUCCCAAUUCAAACACUGGCUCCCAGUCAACACCAUCGAACACAACAACCGAGCCGUCAAUUAGCGAGCCAGUAAAGAGAAUGAGAACAACUGUCGAAUGGGGAGGAACAAUUGAAUCGAACAAUGUCGGUACAGAUGAAUCUCAUCAAAGAGAAAUGAACAAGGCUGCUUAUCUAAAUAAUUUGAAAAGACAAGCAAUCCAAGAAGAUCUCAAUCUACAGGAAGAAGAUGAUGGCAUGGGUCCCACACAAGCUGACAGACCUAAAGGUUUGUUCGACUCUUGA